UUUGACACAGUGCUGUUCUUUCAAGCUCCGGUUUAUUUCCGUGCAAAUCUAAGUGCAUCCGCUGGUCUUCGCUCCUUGCUCGGUCGUGAUGGACGUGGACGACCCUGCACGUCUGCCGGCGACGGCGGCGUCAGCGGCGGCCGCCUCCAGGAAGCGGGUCGGUCAACAGAGCGACAGCGACAGCGAGGACACCCAAGUCUACUCUCUCAGCAGUGACGACCCUUCCGAUGACGACUUCCAACUUGUGCAGAGCCGCAAAGCGAAGAGAAGGAACACUAGGACGUCUUCAUCGUCAAGUACGGAAACAGUAAGACAGACGCAAAGGCCGGACGCCAAUACCAUCAUACUUGUGCCCGUGCUUCCUACCGCUAACAUGAAGCUGCUUAACAGACAAUCUGCAUCGAUGUUACUGGAAGCCUUGGUGCCCAAUGAAAUAUCGGACAUUCUAGUGAACACCCGCAAAAAUCUACUAGCGGUCGAUGUCCAACACGCGGGUGCUUUGACCACUCUACGCAGCGUAACCGACCUUGAUGGCAUUCAGGUGCGCUCCUACAUCCCUCUGGGAUCUGAUAUAGUCAUUGGCGUUAUCUACGACGUCGACGUAGCCAUCCUUAACCACGACUUGCCAAUUCUUGUCAAGCCAGCUAAUGACGAGGUCAUUGUUGAUGUUAUUCGGAUAGGCAGUUCACGCUGCGUGAAGGUUGCAUUCAAGGGUAACCAUCUACCCUCGCAUGUUAAGGUGGGACACUUCAGACAUGCUGUGCGGCCUUUCAUACCGAAGCCUCUUCAAUGCCGCAAAUGCAUGAAACUGGGGCACGUGAGCAGUGUCUGUGAAAACCAGGCAACAUGCCCCCGCUGCGCGGAGCCCCACGAUGCAGAUAAAUGUGGCGCCACUGUAAUGAAGUGUUCGAACUGCAGCGGGUCACAUGAGGCUUCAUCGAAGAAUUGCCCACAUAUUAAAAAGGAAAUGACCAUCUUGAAAGAAAUGGUGAGAGAUCAUUCAACUCAUCGAGAAGCCGCCGCUAAGAUCAGGAGGCGACGUUCCCGUCGCCGACGUUCUUCAAGGAAGGCUGUUGCCUCUACGGCGCGCUUGCCACUUCCUAUGACAUCACCUCCUCCUCUGCCGCCCAGACCAUACAAUGCGGAAAGGACCACGAAGGACAAAACCACUGAGAAGACGACAUCUGCCGAAUCUUGGCCGGCCCUACCAAAACGACAGCAAGCACCAACAGGAACGCGGCAAACUUCUGAAGGACAACCCUCGGCGUCUACUGUCGGUGAUUUGUCCGACCAGGACAGGCAAGUGACUGUAAUGCUGCAGUCGCUAAUUAAUACAAUCCGCAUGAUCCUGAACAAGCUACAAACACCUGCAGCUCGAAGUGCUCUGCAAAUACUGGAUGCACUAAAUCCAGUGCUUGCUAGCAUCGUCUAAGCACCAUGGCUCGACCAAUAGUCGCCUUCCGCACUGAAGUUAAAGGUGCGUCGAUCUUCCAGUGGAAUGCCAGAGGUCUCAGGACCCGCAUAGCAGACUUUCGCCAAUUCGUUUUUACAAAUCGCUUCCCCAUACUGGUCAUAUGCGAACCAAAUACAUCGACUCCACUAAGACUGUCUGGUUACGAACCUUUCGCCUCGUCCACAUGCGGAGCAUGCAGCAAAGUAAUCGUCUACAUCCGCACGGAUCUUACGUAUGUCGCUCACGCGGUAGAGCCACAUGACGACAACCAAUAUGUCUGCCUGCAUGUAAAAAAGAAGAAUGUGUCAUUUACACUUAUUGGAGCCUACAUAUCCCCAGCGGGUCACUUUGAUGGCAAAAGGCUCAAGAAAAUAUUGCAAAUGACCAAUGGCCCCUGGGUUAUCACAGGUGACUUUAACGCGCAUCACCAGCUAUGGGGAAGCACUAAAAUUGAUUCCAGGGGCAGGAGUCUUGCCUCCUUUGCUGCCGACCAUGAUAUGUGCUGUGUGA